UCCUCGAGUCCUCUCAUCCACAAUCCAGCCAAGAUGAUGUCUCAGUCUCUCAGGGCUUCGUCCUCCCUCUUUGCCCGUGUCGCCCGGCAGCAGGCCCCCUCUGUCGCUCGCCGCACCUUCUUGACCUCCGCUGUCCGCCGCGCCGACCCUGUCCAGGAACUCUACCUUCGCGAGCUUCGUGCCUACAAGCCUACGCCCGUCAAGCCCGGCGACGCUGAUGCCCACGUCCAGAAGUUUAGCGCUCCUGCUGCCCCCAAGUCUCCCGAAGAAGCCAACCUCGCCAAUGAGCUGAGCUCUUACGAGUCCCAGGAGGUCGAGGUCGAGGGCCAAGCCGCUGCUGGCGAGGCCGCCCCUGCUGAGGAGAGCUGGUUUGAGGAGGACGAGGAUGAGACCCCUGCCGCUCACUAAGCAUCUUUCAUACUGCUAGAAAGCACGGUCCGGAAAGGCGGAACCGAUAGAGAAGGGUUGAGACUCGGCGAUGUCUCUUGUUGAGUUCUGAAGACACUCUGUAAAUUAAACAUAUUUGGAGCUUAUGAAAUUCCCUUGAGUUGUCAAUAUU